AUGGGGCUGCCGGGACACCGCGCCCGCCGCUCCCGCAAAGUCACCGGGGCCGGCGCAAACCUGCCGCCAGGAGGGAUUUCCCAGCGCCGGGGCCGGGCACGGAGCCGGCCGCUCCUCCAGCUGCCUCCCUGCGCUUGUAAAUCAAGCGGAGGCGGAAAGAGGGGCCGGGGGGAGGGGGCGGAACGCUUCUCCCCGGCCAGCGGCGUUUGCCUAAGCGUCGCGGCGGGCGGCAGGGGAGCGCGGCUGGGCGCCCCGCCGCCGCCGCCCGGGAUGCCGCCGGGCCCCGGGGAGCCCCGCCGGGCCCCGCAGCGCCGGGCGGUGCCUCCGGGAGCGGCGGGGCGGCCCCGGGGCCACUCCGGCCGCAGCGAGAGCUUUUGUCGGGGAAAGCCGCGCCUGCAGCUGCGCAGCGCCCCGCGGCACACGGCGAGCUCGCCCCCGCGGCGCGGCGCGCCUCCGAGCAGCCCUUCCCCGGGAAAGCCGGGCUUCCCCCGAUCCCUGCCCGGCCGCCUCGCACUGGUCCGCCGCCGGCAGCGUCCGACCUGCUGUGGCAGCGAACCUCCCGCCGAGGGGCCCCUCCGCCACUCCUGCCCGGGGCGGUGA